AUGCUGUCAGAGGCUCAGCGGCCUCCUGCAGAUCCUACUAGUGCCACUGAGAAUCUCCUAAUGCUCGCCAUACAGGAGCGCCUUCAGAGUCAGCUCCGUCCUAGCGCCAAUCCACUCAAUCAUCAAUUAAAUUUGUGUCAAUCAUCCGCUGCACAGGAUGUGAAUCGGUUAUUCCAACAAAUGCUUCCACUGCUUGGCCUCCCUCCUUUUCUUCCCGGGUUUCCUGGUCCGCUGGAUCUUGGCUGUCUACCUGGUACUUCCAUGUCCCAUCCCUUGUGGCAGCAUAAUCUCUGUGCUUGGCCGGAAUGUAAUCAACCUUGUGAGAAUCUCACAGUAUUCUUAAAUCAUUUAUCGCAAGUGCAUACGUUCAACGAAAGGUCGACUUCCGAUAUGCGUAUUCAAGUCGAACUUGUCGAUAACCUCGAACAUCGUUUAACAAAAGAGCGUAAUCGGCUACAGGCAAUGAUGCAACAUCUACAUAUGAAACAGUCGUCCGACACAAUUGAACCGAACUCUGCGCCAUUGCGAUCACCAAAGCAGGAACCGUCCUUCACCACGAUCUCAUCCACUUUGUCCACACAGGGUGCACAUCUGUUGGUUCUAUUGCAGUCGCUACCGUCAGUAUCGCUGUCGAUUUCUGAAGCCGACACGAAGCCGUUAUGUGUUCCUGCGUCUUCAGCAGUCUCAUCCGAUGGAUCGCCGAAUUCCAACGACUUGCAAGCACAGAAGCCGUUCGUACCAAGGCGAAGUCGCAUUUCGGAUAAGUCGGUGCUCCCGAUUUCUGCGGACAUUGCCAGGAAUCGAGAAUUCUACCGUGCGAACGAUGUACGCCCGCCUUACACCUAUGCAUCUCUUAUUCGACAAGCCAUUAUGGAAUCACCGGAGUGUCAGUUGACAUUAAAUGAGAUCUACACCUGGUUCACAGAGACGUUCGCUUAUUUCAGAAGGAAUGCUGCCACUUGGAAGAAUGCUGUUCGACACAACCUUUCAUUGCACAAGUGCUUUCAACGUGUGGAGCAAAACGUAAAGGGAGCAGUGUGGACUGUAGACGACAGCGAGUUCUACCGACGGCGACCACAGCGCACCGCCGCAACCCGCAGUCAACCCAACACGCCUUUGCCAGAAGAAAUGUUGGCUCAACGACUUAUUGAUCAAACUGCAUUGAGUAUAAUGGAACAUCGGAAUGAUAGCACAACUCAUUUGGCAGACGGUACCUUGCUGAAUGGCAGCCUCGAAGGCGUGUUGUCAUUUUUAGGUUAG